UUCAAAUGCACUCCUCUUUAUAAUGAAAACUUCAUUCUCCUUCAUGUCUCUGAGAAAUAACCAACAGAAUCUACUCUCUAUUUUCCUAGCUUAGAUUCCUUCUCCAAUGGCUCUUGCCGUUUCCACUACUUCUUCCUCUUCAGCUGCAGCAGCAGCAGCAGCGUCGAGCUCUUUCUUCUCGCGCCUUGGAUCUUCAUCGGACGCUAAAGCUCCGCAAAUUGGUUCCUUUCGGUUUCCGGAGAGGCCUCAAGUUUCGUCUGGUGUUGUUAAUUUAACUCAAAGACGCUCCUCGGUGAGGCCACUCAAUGCCGAACCGCAACGGAAUGAUUCUGUUGUUCCUCUUGCAGCAACUAUCGUUGCUCCUGAGGUUGAGAAGGAGAAAGAAGAUUUUGAGCAAUUAGCGAAAGACCUUGAAAAUUCAUCUCCUCUUGAGAUUAUGGAUAAGGCCCUCGAGAAAUUUGGGAACGACAUCGCUAUUGCCUUUAGUGGUGCUGAAGAUGUUGCUUUGAUUGAGUAUGCACAUUUGACGGGUCGACCCUACAGAGUGUUUAGUCUUGACACUGGGAGACUGAACCCAGAAACCUACAAAUUUUUUGACGCUGUUGAGAAGCAUUAUGGAAUUCAUAUUGAGUACAUGUUCCCUGAUGCGGUUGAGGUUCAGGCAUUAGUAAGAACUAAGGGGCUCUUCUCAUUUUACGAGGAUGGGCAUCAAGAGUGCUGUAGAGUAAGAAAGGUGAGGCCCUUGAGGAGAGCCCUUAAGGGUCUCAAAGCAUGGAUUACUGGACAGAGAAAAGACCAGUCUCCUGGUACUAGGUCUGAAAUCCCUAUUGUCCAGGUUGAUCCUGUUUUUGAGGGACUGGAUGGUGGAAUUGGCAGCCUGGUGAAGUGGAACCCGGUUGCAAAUGUUAAUGGUCUAGACAUAUGGAACUUCCUUAGGACCAUGAAUGUUCCUGUAAAUUCAUUGCAUUCCCAAGGAUAUGUUUCGAUUGGCUGUGAGCCAUGCACAAGGCCGGUUUUACCCGGACAACAUGAAAGAGAAGGAAGGUGGUGGUGGGAGGAUGCCAAAGCCAAGGAGUGUGGUCUUCACAAAGGUAAUUUGAAACAGGAAGAUGCUGCCCAGCUUAAUGGAAAUGGGACCUCCCAAGGAAAUGGCUCUGCCACUGUUGCUGACAUUUUCAUCUCCCAGAAUGUGGUCAGCUUGAGCAGGUCCGGGAUUGAGAAUUUGGCAAAAUUAGAGAACCGAAAAGAACACUGGCUUGUUGUGCUCUAUGCACCAUGGUGCCGCUUCUGUCAGGCUAUGGAGGAGUCGUAUGUUGAUCUGGCAGAGAAGUUAGCAAGGUCAGGAGUGAAGGUUGCAAAAUUCAGAGCCGAUGGAGAGCAGAAGGAAUAUGCAAAGAGUGAACUGCAGUUGGGAAGCUUCCCCACAAUACUUCUCUUCCCCAAGCACUCUUCUCAACCAAUUAAGUACCCUUCAGAAAAGAGAGAUGUUGAUUCAUUGACGGCAUUCGUGAAUGCCUUACGGUGAUGGUCAAUUGAGUAUCUUGCUCAAUGUUCCGUCGUACCAUACCGGCAAUAAAUUUCUUCACAGAUUUGGGCAAUUCACUGAAAAUGGGAAUGGCAGUUUUUGAUAGCAAAACGAAGAUUCUCAGCUAGCAGUAUCCCUGUAUAGAUUUAGAUAACCUUCCUCACAAAUAUAAUUGUAGUAGUCAUGAGGAGGAUGUGAUUUCCUGUUUUGUUAGAUGAGUAGAGUUAUGGUUGUAUUAUGUUGUUUCUUCACUAUCAUAAUCUACUUUUUUAGAUUUUGCCAAAUUUACAAGAACGAACGUCUAACCUACUGUGAAGUCUUAUGUUCCGUGUGCAAUAAUGUCCCUGUCACGUAUGUUUUCAUGGACUGGUGCAGUCAAAAUGUUCUAGCCACAACGGAACAAAAAUCCAUUUGGAUUUGAUCAUUGGUUUCCUAUGUUUUUUUUCCUGAAAUGAGUACACGUGAUAGCAUGUAUA